UCUGCGAUAAUUAUAAAGCACGACAUGCGCCGGGUACUGGUUUAAAAUCAACAUGUCAGCGCUCAUCAGUGCUGGGUGGUAUUUGCACAGAUGUUCCAAUUUUAGCCUGUCUUUGAUGUUUAUAAAGAUGUAAUCCAAAUGGAUAUUACGAAAGCAUCGAUCAGACAGAAAGUUUGGAACUUUCUCGAGGAAAAGAACAUUGCUUGUUUUCCAAGACCUGUCCACCAUCGGAUCCCAAAUUUCAAGGGAGCUGCAGCAGCCAAUGAAAGGCUCAAGGACCUUGAAGCUUUUCAGGGAGCGAGAACCGUCAAGGUGAACCCUGACAAGCCCCAGGAGCACGCCAGGUUUCUCACCCUUGAGGCUCGCAAAACAUUGCUUGUGCCAACUCCGCGCCUCCGCACUGGUUUAUUCAACCGAAUCGUACCACCAUCCAACCCGAGCAAAGAUGACUUAAGAAAGUGUUCCACGUCACGGGGUGUCAGAGAGUUCAGCUUGCCGAUUGGCCUGGACAGUCACAUGACAGUGGAUAUUAUCAUCAUUGGAUCGGUAGCCGUCAGCAGAAAAGGUUAUCGGAUCGGCAAAGGGGAAGGUUACGCCGACAUGGAGUUCGCCAUGAUGUCCACCAUGGGUGCCGUGGAUCAGCAUACGACCGUCGUGACAACUGUCCACGACUGUCAGGUGAUGGACGACAUACCAGACCACCUGAUUGGGUCACAUGACCUCACUGUGGACUAUAUCCUCACGCCCACGCAGACAAUUCGUUGCGACCGCGACAGACCCAAACCGUCGGGCAUCGUGUGGUCCAAACUCGACUCGGAGAAGUUUGCUCAGAUUCCGAUUCUGAAAACGCUACGGGACAGGGAACAGAAAGCUGGGAAGGAUGUCAGACUCAAGGACGAGGUUGUUGCUGGUGCUGGAAACCAUGGCAACUAGAUAACUGGCAUAAAGAGCACCGGAGAUGGACAAGGCACUGCGAUGCAUGUAACUAAAUUAACUUUUGGAUUUUUUGCCCUGCUCGACGUGUAUUAGAACACUGUAUACUCAGUGUUUGCCCCGAAGGCUUGUGAA